CCGGCUGGCAGCAGCAGGCGCAGUAAACUGACCUUCUUCGCGGCCUCGUCGCUCGUCCUGGAGCCCGACGAGGACCUUGAAUGUUUUUCACCAGCGGUGUUUGAUUUUCUGCUUUUGUUUUAUCGUACGAGCACGCAGCCAUGCCCGGGUGUCCGGAAAUACCCACGCUGGAGGAGCUGAAGGUGGACGAGGUAAAUGUGUCCUCUGCAGUGCUGAAGGCUGCUGCCCACCAUUAUGGCUCCCAAUGUGACAAACCCAACAAGGAGUUCAUGCUCUGCCGCUGGGAGGAGAAGGACCCCAGGAAGUGUCUAGAAGAAGGGAGGAAAGUCAAUGAGUGUGCAGUCAACUUCUUCAGGCAAAUCAAGGGGAACUGUGCCGAGUCCUUCACAGAGUACUGGACCUGUGUGGAUUAUACAAACUUGGCAGAGCUGCGCCACUGCCGUAAAAAGCAACAAGCUUUCGACAGCUGCGUCCUUGAUAAACUGGGGUGGGAGAGACCUGACCUGGGAGAGCUGUCUAAGGUGACCAAAGUGGCGACCCCGCGGCCCUUCCCAGAGAACCCCGAGCAUUCUAGACCAAGUCCUGAACCUCUCCCGGUCCCGGAGGACAAACUGGUGCCUGCCAAAUAUGGCAGCAGGUUAUUCUUCUGGAGGUGGUGAGGCAGAAAUCCAGUCACCCCCCUCUCCGAAAUCAUGGGCUCUGUCCAAAAACAGCUUGAAUACUUGUGACCGUUGAUACAUCGAUAACAUUUCCAGGGUUUAAAUCUGUCAGAUGUAAACACGAGGAUUAAGGAUGCUGCGUUUGGCACCUUUAUCAGUGUUUGGUCUGAGGGUUGGAUUUGGACAGGGCUCAUGCUUGAACGGUCUUUUCAGCAGCUGUACCUCCAACUUUGUCCAACAGUUUGAUAAAGGAAAGAAGGAUGGAUGAUCGUGUGAACAACGUUCAUGAGUCCAUACUGCUUUCUGACCACUUCUGUACAUGUAAUAAGUGAACAAAAGCAACAUGCUGAUAUUAUUGUUGUCAGAUAAUAAACAGAUAAAUUAUAA